AAUCAACCAUUAUUUCUUCUCAAUUUUGUUUUUUUUUUAAAAUUAAUUAUCCUCCAUUGAUACCCAUUUCAUUACUUCUUCAGUUUCAGUUCUCAUGUGGGUAUGUCUGCUAAAGCUAAGAGGGACAAUAAAACAUCUUUUGUUUUUUUUUCUUUUCUUUUCCUAUUGUGGAGUAAACUUCAUUAACCAGCCUUUACAGCAAUACCCAGUUGCUCUAUUUAUCCCCUCCGCUUUUUUUUUUUUUUCUUUUCAUUUCUUUAUAAUUUAGAGAUUUUGGCUUUUGAUUUUGAUUUUUUGUGUUGGCGGUGAAGCGAGUAGUCCACUUUUUGUCUGCUUCUGUCAUGAGUUGUUAUUUUUUUCACUUUAUUUCAACUGCAUACAUUCCCCGGUUUUGUCUUCAGUUUGUUUCUGUUCUGUGUCUUUCAUGUUUUUUCUUCUUUUAUGGGUUCUUUUUUUGUAGAAAUGCACAAGAGAAACUUUAUGCCCAGAUCAAAUCUAAGUCUUGUUAAGCAGAUUUUGAAGCAUUUCUGAGAUGGGAUUUUCUUGGUUUUGAGGAUUAGUAGAGGUGAGAGCUUUUUCUCUUUUUACCUUUUUAUAUAUUUAGUUAUUUUGUCUCCGUUUUUUCCAUUUAUGAGUUAGUUUUAAUUCUGGUGAUUUAGGCUUGUUAAAAGACCAGAUAGAGAGUUUGUAAAAGUGAAAUUUAAGUUGUUUUUUUUUUUUAUAAAAAUGAGAGAUUUUCCAUCUUGUUUUGGGGAAAAUGGGGUACAAGUAGCUGAUACUUCAUCAUCCAAUAAUGCUAAAAAUGGACAGAAUUUGGUUACUCGUGUCUAUCAAUCUCGUUUUCGAGGUCGGCCUUGCUUGAUCAAUAUUUCAUGGAGUAAGAAUUUGAUGGGUCAAGGGCUAAGUUUGGGAAUUGAUGAUGCAGCGAACCAAUGUCUUUGUAAGGUUGAUAUCAAGCCUUGGCUGUUCUCUAAAAGAAAAGGUUCUAAGAGCUUAGAAGCUUAUACUUGUGUAAUUGACAUAUAUUGGGACCUUUCUUCAGCAAAAUUUGGAUCCGGGCCUGAACCAUUAGAGGGAUUUUACGUUGGUGUUGUUGUUGAUAGGCAAAUGGUUUUGCUUCUUGGGGAUAUGAUAAAAGAAGCUUUCAAGAAGACUGGUGCUAUUCCUGCUCCUUCUAAGGCUAUUUUCGUGGCUAAAAGAGAGCACGUUUUCGGCAAGAAAGUAUUUAGUACCAAGGCACAGUUUUGUGAUUAUGGGCAAAUUCAUGAUCUUGUGAUUGAAUGUGACACAAGUGGUGUUAAUGAUCCUUGCCUUAUGAUUCGUGUAGAUGGAAAAAUGAUGAUGCAGGUAAAGCGGCUACGGUGGAAGUUCAGAGGAAAUAAUACUAUUUUGGUUGAUGGGUUCGCUGUUGAAGUUUUUUGGGAUGUUUACAGUUGGCUCUUCGGUGCAUCACUUGGAAAUGCUGUUUUCUUGUUCAAGACAUGCCUUUCAGCUGAGAAGUUGUGGGCUAGUGGACCUCUUUCUGAUCCAAAUACAUUGCCUUGGUCUUUCUCACAGAGGUUCCUUGAUUCCAAGUCACAAGGUCUUGGUUUUUCGCUUAUUUUGUAUGCUUGGAAGAAUGAAUAGAGCCAUUUGGGAAUUUUUCUUUGAAAGCUAACAGAAGCUUUAAGUGAGUGGUAUUCUACAUAUAUGUUGUUGAUUUACAUUUAAACUGAUUAAAAAUAGGUCCAUUUGUAAUUUUUCUCCCCUUUACCUCUUGAGUAACCGGAGGUCUGAAGCAAUUGAAUGGUUGUAGGAUCAUUUUAUCAUUUUAGUAAGAUAGAUGUAUAUUCUACACAAAAUGGUGGUUAAUUUCCUUUUAUGUGUUCUACAUGAAAAGAUUUCAAAUGCUUGUUUCGCACCAUUUAUAUUAUCUACUAUUUGGCUUUCUUUUCUACAA